UUCCUGUACAUAACCUACGGAGGUUUUGCGAUGCUUUGCGCAUGCGCUCCCAGUGUAAAAUUAACGAAUCACUCCCCGAGACUACUCGUUCUUCUCACGUUAAAGAUUCGCUCAAAAAGAACAUUUCACAUGAAGACAGAUAGAUUGAUAAGCCUGAAGUGCGAUGACCUUUACCAAAGUCCAACUCAAAAGGAACUGAGUGUUCGAGGAGAAUGCUGGUACCGUACAAUACAGAAGUGGUGCCUCCACCUCGGGGCCUGAAGAUGGAGUUUGAGACCCUCUUCACCACUCAAGCUCUGCAGUUCCUGUCAGAUCUGUGCUCCAGGUUUCAGCCGGAGGUCGACAAGGUCCUGAAGAUAAGAAUCCUGCGGAAGGUGCAGCUGGAUCUCGGGGAAGAGCUGCCCGGUUUCCUGGAGGACACGGCUCACAUCCGGAACGAUCCGUCCUGGAAAGUGAGUCCCGUCCCUGUCCGACUGCACUGCAGACAUGUGGACAUCGGUGACCUUUCACCCUGUGACACGCAGCGAUUUCUGCAGGGCCUCAAAUCGACAGCACAGGGAAUACAAGUAGAUUUUGACGACGGGAACUGCCCGACAUACUACAAUCAGAUAAAAGGCAUCUAUAACAUUUAUAAGGUUGUGCACAAUAAGUUUUAUGAUGCCCCGCCCAUAUCCCACGCCCCAGUUCUUAUGCUCCGCCCUCGUGCUUGGAACAUGGUGGAGCACAACAUGUUGGUAAAUGGUCGGGAGGUUCCUGGUCCUCUCUUUGACUUCGGCUUGCUGAUGUUCCACAAUGCAAAGCUGCUCCUUCAGAACCAGAGCGGACCUUUUUUCUAUUUGUCCAAAGUGGAGAGUUACCUGGAGGCCAGGUUGUGGAAUCAGAUUUUUCUCUGGACCGAGGACAGGCUCGGCUUGCCAGUGGGCAGUAUCAAGGCGACGGUUCUCAUCGAGUGUGUCCUGGCUACGUUUGAGAUGGAAGAGAUCCUGUACGAGCUCAAAGAGCACUCUGCCGGUCUGAACUGUGGCAUCUGGGAUUACUCCGCAUCAUUCGUCAACAAAUUCGGUCAUCGUGCUGAGUUCCUGCUGCCUGACCGCAGUAAGUAUGUAAACAUGGAGAAACUGUUCCUGCGCAGUUACAUGGAGCUGCUGGUGCAGACGUGCCAUCGCAGGGGCGCACUGGCUACCGGGGGCAUGGCGGCGCUCCUGUUACCCCCCAACAGAGACAGCGAUCUGUACGAUACCGUACUGAACACCGUCACCAGACUCAAGCUUUUGGAAAUUAAAGCAGGAGUCGAUGGUUUCAUGGUGUACGACAUGAACCUGAUUGAGCCCAUGCAAAAGUUGUUCCAGCUCCACUGUAGAGGACAGAACCAGCUCCAGCAGCUACGCACUGACGUCUGUGUGACCCCUAAAGAUCUGCUCACUAUGCCAGCGGGUGGAGUAACAUUGAAUGGAUUGAAGCACAACAUUGCAGUUGGUGUGUUGUUUAUCGAAGCGUGGCUCUCGGGUAGAGGACACUUCUUCUUUAAGGGACAGGUGGAAGACUCUGCUACUGCAGAAAUCUCUCGGUCUCAGGUGUGGCAGUGGAUUAGACACCGCGUGAAACUGGAGGAUGAUGGGAGGACCGAAGUGACUUGUGUGUUUGUCAGGAGCUUAACGCAAGGCAUGAUGGGAGAUCUGAGGGCAGCGACGCGCUGUCAGAGUCAAAGAGAUGAAGAGAGGUUACUCACAGCCGCGUCCAUGUUUCUGGAGCUGGUACAAAAGAGCGAUUUCCCAGAAUUCCUCACCACCUAUCUGUACCUGGACCACACGUUCCUGAACGCUCAGCUUCAGCAUGAAGACGGAGGCAUGGACAGCUCUCACCGAGCCAGGCUUUAAUCACAAUACUACUUUUGUCAUGUGACCUAAGAGUAAACGUUAUGAUGGAUGAAAUAAAGGCAGGAUCAUGGCGGUGCCUGGGAUUAGACACGUUUGUGUGUGAACGAGCCUCUGCUGUGUGAAUUAAAUCAAUCUGUUACACA